GAAGCACACAGACGUCGUCUCCACUUAUCGGGCCGGUUUCAAGUUUCUGGCUCAUUCCAGCUCGAGGCAGUUUGAGCCGAUGCAGCAGACAAUGAUAUAAAAAUGUCCCUGUGUGUGUGUGUGUGUGUGUGUGUGUGUGUGUGUAGGGUAUGGUUGGCCUGGUGACGGGCGGUGCGUCGGGUCUGGGCCGGGCCACGGUGGAGCGUCUGGUGCAGAACGGAGCGUCUGCUGUGAUCCUGGACCUGCCUUCUUCUGAUGGACCGGCUCUGGCAGCCAGUCUGGGGGACCGCUGUGCCUUCGCUCCUGCAGACGUGACGUCGGAGGCAGACGUGCAGUCGGCGGUGUCCCUGGCGAGGGAGAAGUUCGGGAAGCUGGACCUGGCGGUUAAUUGUGCCGGCGUCGCUGUCGCCAUUAAAACCUACAACUUCAAGAAGGACCUCGCUCACAACCUGGAGGACUUCCAGCGAGUUAUCAACGUGAACAUCGCAGGAACCUUCAACGUGAUCCGCCUCGCCGUGGGCGAGAUGGGGAAGAACGAGCCCGACGCAGACGGACACAGAGGCUGCGUCAUUAACACGGCCAGCGUGGCGGCCUUUGACGGACAGGUCGGACAAGCAGCGUAUUCAGCUUCUAAAGGAGGCAUUGUUGGAAUGACCCUCCCCAUCGCACGAGAUCUGGCGCCCAUGGGCAUCCGGGUCAUCACCAUAGCACCCGGUCUGUUCUCCACUCCGCUCCUGGCUGGUCUCCCCGAGAAGGUGCGCUCCUUUCUCGCCCGCCAGGUGCCCUUCCCCUCGCGCCUGGGAGACCCCGCUGAGUUUGCCCACCUGGUGACAUCCCUGGCUGAGAACCCCAUGAUCAACGGAGAGGUCAUCAGACUGGACGGAGCCAUUCGCAUGCAGCCCUGAGCCUGACUGUGUGUGUGUGUGAGAGAGACGUCGAUCAUCUGAUUAAGAGAAAAUGUUUGUGUGUGUGGCUGUCUGGUCUAGUUAUGUUGUAGAAAGCUGCAUACAGUAAAUAUUCACUGUUAUUGUGUGUGUGUGUGUGUGUGUGUGAACAUUCAGAGCAUUGCAGUACUGUAUGGACUCCACUUUGGUUCUUUUGUAAACUAAUCCAAUUAUAAUAAACCUCAUGAAUGUUUGAUUCUCUC